AUGGGGUCAUUGACCCGGCACCUCUUGACAAGGCUUGCCGUCCUAGCAGUGCUGCCUCUAAGAUGCACAAGCUCCGCGGAAACAUCGAGGUGUGAGAGCGCUAACCACGCAUGGGGCAUCGACAGCGAUGCCACUGCAUUGGUGCAGAGUGUCAAACCACAGCUCAAGGAAUUUAACCGCAGUGUCAACUUGCAGCAACUUGAGCAAGGCAGCUCGAAGAGUCAGUCGUCGAAUAUGACGUUGGACACAAUGAGCUCCGUGAAGCAUCCGGAUGCCAAGGGCUGGUCCGAAGGAAAGCCUGGCACCGGCUCCCACGGCGGCUCCGGCUCCAAGCUCGUGCAGGUGCUGGCGGCGGCGCGCAGCACCGCACAGGAAAUGGUCCGACCUUCUGCGACCUUUGUUUUUGUUGCUCCGUUUCUGAUCAUGACCAUUGUCCUGAUUGCAUGUUUUGCUGCACUGUUCAGUUUCAGUGCAGAUUGCCGGACCUUUGCGCCCUCAGAGUACUCCCAGGAUGGGUCAUCAUGGCCCAGGAGCCAGCGGACGGCGUUGACACCCGCUUCGAGACGCACGCAGGACCCGUAUCUGGCUCUGAGCCAGCAGUCGCUUCCACCUAAGGAUGCUCCACCAGGAGACGCAUCCGUAUCCGGCCGCCCCAGCGUCGGGCCGGGACUGGGGCCGGGCCCCGCGAGUCGGAUGUCCUUGGCCUCUCAGGCGAGCGCCGCCUCGAGGCGAGUGCCACCUUUACGCCUUUCUGCCAUCUCUGCAGCCGGGCGACCGACAGGAGACAUGUUCAUGGCGUCUGCGGCGCCUUUGCAACCACUGUUUCCAGCAUUGGUGCUUCCUGCACGGGAAGGUCAGUUAGAGGUCAGCCUGGAUGCCGUGCAGACCGUGCAGAAGACUGGUGCCGGACGAUUCUUUGUGAUUGGACCGCUCGGGAACAAGAUCCUUCAUAUCACCUCUUGUGGGAGCGCCUUUGAUGUUCACAUGGCCCAGCGAAGCAGCGAAUUGGUGAGCAAGGUGUCCCUGAAGGAGAUGCAGGACUCCAGCAGGAUCGAAGUUUGCAGAGGCGAUGGAACAGUGUACGGCAAGAUUGUUGAACAUGAGCAGCCGCAGAAGAGCCUGGAUGAGGUUUCUUUGUCCGUGAUCGUGACAAGCUCAUCUGGAAAGGCCGAGAGAGCCAUGCUGGUGAUCCAGGGAAAUCCGGAACGAUUCUGCCUCACUGCGAAGGCAGCAGCUGACGGCCAGCCAGUUGCCUCCAUCGAGCUGCAAGCCUACAGCGAAGAGCAUUACCUGGACCUCAGGACGAGUCGCGGUGCAGACACUGCUUUGAUUGUAUCCAGUUUUUUGGGGAUCCUGCUGCUUCGGGAUCGGCCAGAUCGGCCCCGCCAGAGCGUCCCUAGGCCGCUCAUGAGCGGGGCUUAG